AUGGCCACCGCCCUAUGCUCAGCAUGGUUCCCUCGACGAGAGAUGUGGCCUUUCUUGUUCUCAAGCGGGAAAAUUCGAGGAUUCGCCAACACUACGAUCGUGAAGAAGACCGGAAAUAAGUUUUUCGGUAAAGGGGAGUUGUUCGGUGGUCGGCAAGAUUGGAUCACCAACAGGAGAAUGACGGAUUUGCCGAAAGAAAACCACAAGGCUUGGCCAAGGGACAUGCAUUUCACCCGAUGGCCAGGGGUAGUCGGUGAGAGACUAGGCGCAGAUUAUUGGUUCCGGGAAACCGAAAAGUGCCCAGUUUCCGUGUACCAUCAUCAGACGGAGAAACACGACUGUGUUUUCGUGGGGUCAGCGGACAAACGUAUGACGGAAACACGAACGAUCGAGAAUACUGUGAAGACAUAUACAACAGGGUUUGCAGUUCAGCUCUUGUUCGAAGGCAGAGGCGUGAAAGCCGUCCUCCAGCCAAGUUGGCCUCAUCUUUGGGCUCGUCUGACUGUCGGAUCACCGCUUAGAGAUCUCUCAUAUAUAGCUAGUCGAGAUCCUGAUAUCGUUGGCCAUCUCAAUAGGGACGGUACGAUACUCACCCUACAUGGCCCGACGAAGAAAAGAGUUGGCCACGUAGCGAUGUGCAUUUGGGGCGCUACCAAGGCCGCUGUGUAUACAGGCAAGGGCUCUCAUCUUGCCUUUAACACUCCUCUGCGGAAGACCAUGAAGAAGCGAUAG